CGUGAUCUUCUGGCCAAGUCCGGCACGACACAGCAUUGCAAGUCGCUUAUGUAAAAGCUGCAACUGAAAUACCAAUCUCAGCCCACAUACGGCUUACGUCCCAACUUUAUUCCCGACCACAUCGUCGCCAGGAGCUGGCAAUGCAUCUACAAACCACCCACCUUCGACGACCGACUUCACAGUAGUUGGCGAUUAUGUCUGCGCCAGGUGAUCUCUCAAAUCAGAAUGCGUCGCGGUCGGAUGAUGAAAGAGGGAGCGAUGGCAGCCCCAACGCCGAAACGAAUGCCGAUGCCGCAGCACGAUCGACAGGCAAUGCUAAUGUGCCCAAGCCGAAGCGACUGGCGUGUAUGAUCUGUAGGAAGAGGAAGCUGAAGUGUGACGGGAACAAACCGAGUUGCAGUACAUGCACACGACUGGGACAUUCAUGCGCUUACGAUGAAGUGAGAAGGAAGAGUGGCCCCAAAAGGGGUUACGUAAAGGCGCUGGAGGAAAGAUUAAAACAAGUUGAGUCGCUACUCAAAACGAGCGACCCCAUCACCACCACGAGCGCCGAGUCCUCCAAGGCUGCCCAACCGACACCAAAAACGUUCGAUAAUCGCAAUCAGCCGCCCGCGACUGCUAAUUUCAACGUCACAACCCCGUCAAUCUCCAUCGCAAAUGACCGAGAUAUGGAUCGGUGGCAGUUCAAUGGCGAGUCGCCGCAGGCUGCCAACCUGGAGGAGUUCAAUUUUGCAGCUGCUCCUAAUAUGCAAAUACAUAUGGAGAACAUGGCCAGUUUGCCGAACAACUUCACAUGGGAGAUGAUUGGUUUGGGUCUGGAAGAACCCCUACCGCCGCAGGGAACGAUAGACGAGCUGCACCAGAUAUUCUUUGAAAAAGUGCACCCUUCCGUUCCCAUGAUCCACAAGUUUCGAUACUUGGCAGCGAUGAAUUUGGCUCCUAAUCAGAGGCCACCAGUCUGCCUGCGAUACGCAAUCUGGACGCUUGCCUGUGCGAUAACAGACAAAUACACGGACCUCAGAGAUCUCUUCUACCAACGCGCUCGCAAAUAUGUCGAGGCAGACUAUCAGAAAGGCUAUGGCGAACACAUGAUAUCAGUCGCCCAUUGCCAAACCCACGUUCUACUCGCAUCUUAUGAGUUCAAGAUGAUGUAUUUUCCAAGAGCAUGGAUGAGCACUGGUGCCGCCGUACGCUUGUCUCAAAUGAUCGGGCUGCAUAGGUUAGAUGGUGCAGGUCUCGAUGUGAAGCAGUGUUUACCGCCGCCUCGAGACUGGACCGAGAGGGAAGAAAGAAGGCGGACAUUCUGGAUGGCUUUUUGCAAGGACCGAUAUGCUAGUAUCGGCACAGGCUGGCCCAUGACAAUUGACGAGAAAGAUAUCAUGACCCACCUUCCCUCCACAGAAAACGCCUUCGAGAUGAGUCGCCCGGAAACUACGAUGACGCUUGCUGAGUCUAUGAGUCCAGCUGGGGCGGCGAAACUGUCUUCUUUCGGCGGAAUUGUCCUGAUGGCCUGCCUGUUUGGACGUAAUCUAAUCCACUUACAUCGCCCGGAUGCGGAUGAUCGCGAUCACGAUCUCAAUGGCGAGUUUUGGAAGCGGCACAGGAACAUGGACAACAUACUCCUUAAUACGUCACUAUGUCUACCGAAUUACCUCAAGCUGCCCACUGGAAUUGGCAAUCCGAACAUUGUUUUCGUCAACAUGAACAUCCACACCUCGACCAUAUGUCUCCACCAGGCGGCAAUCUUUAAAGCCGAUAAAAACAAGUUGCCAGCCUCGGUAAGCGCAGAGAGCAAAGUACGGUGUAUAACUGCGGCAAAUGAAAUUGCCAGCAUCAUGCGCAUGAUUUCUCAUCUCGAUCUAUCAACUAUGAAUCCCUUUAUUUCCUUCUGCUUGUAUGUAGCAGCACGAGUUUUUGUUCAAUAUCUGAAAAGCCGUCCCGACGACAUCCAAACAGUAGACUCACUGCGUUUCUUGUUGUCGGCUAUGAAUGCUCUGAAGAGAAAGAACCCCUUGACGGAAUCAUUCCUGGUUCAACUUGACGUGGACCUUGAAGCUCUCGGGAUGAGAAUACCCAAGCUGAAGACGGCUUUCCCUAGAAGUGCCGAUAGCCCAAUCGUCAAUCCCGAAGUUGCGACAAAGCUAAGAGCACAAAACUUGGGCACGGAAACAUGUGAAAAAAGCAAUGGUUUACUAGCAUACAAGAACGAAUGCCACUUCAUGAAAAUGGGUGGGGAUGAUGGUAACGCAGCGACCGCACCAGAUAUUGCAAGCUCGAAUCAAAACACGGGGAUACACUCGGUUUCCGGCUAUGAUCAAACGACUCAGAAUUGGUGUCCUAACGACCAACGUGUAUCGCCGGGAGAGACAAGCUCAGUGCCAACCAUGGGAUCAGGUGGCAUGAAUCAGCCGAUGAUGUUCCACAUGACAUCGAAUGCAGCUCGUGUCAACACGCAGAAUGGGUACGCUGAGGCGUCAAGCGGUGGAACGAAUGGCAUGUCCGCCUCGCCAAACCCUGACACCUCGUCGGAUCGGCCAACUCCUAACUCUAGCUCGGCUUCAGAGAACCGAAACGGUACAUCCGGGCGGACGUCCUUCGAGGCGAGUCCAUUGGGUGGCAACCAGCAUAUGGGAACCCAAGCGGAGUUGGAUGCAGCAACGACGGCUUUCUUCUCGGACCCGAAUGCCUUCGGUAUGCAGACGUCGGGGAUGGGCAUGACACCAGGCCGUUCUUUUGUAAUGACGGAUGGGGGCGGUUUUAGUAUGCCAGACGGCUGGAAUGUCAUGCCGGGACAAUCGACAGGUAUGACACCCGGCAUGACACCAGUGGCGGAGGGGGUCUUACGACAUUUGAUGGACAUGCCACCCAUGGACGCGAUGGAUCUUGGUUGGGAUCAGGGGCAAUAGAGCUUGGGCGGUCGGCGCUUUUGGUUUACGACUUUUAGGCAAGCGAUAUGGCCUCCAUUCCUUUUUGAAUAUGCAAAAUACCUGGUGGAAUGGGAUUUUGGGUGCGUCACCAACGGAGUACUUGAUUAGAUCUGAUUCAGUAUUUGUCUUCCAUACAGGACGACUUUAUCACUACAGCCGUGAUAGCAAACAACAUGUGGGUUGGCGGUGGUUGUAUAUCAUGACCACACGACAAUUACGUACCACGGCCGAAUUCGAAGAAGGACUUUGAGCUCAUGACUCCAUUCUCUUGGGGCAGAAACCCUCAGUCAUCAUUGAAAUUGGGCCAAGCACGAAAAAUUGUGUGUUGAAACUGCUGGUCUGGGCAACCAUCCACAACAAUCGUCCUUUUCCACUCAACCACGACUUGUAUAGAGGACUUAGCACAGUAGUUUAAUGCUGG